UUGGAGAAGCAAUAAGUUUUGGGUGGAGAAGUUGGACCGCAACUUAAACAAAAUCCAAAGCCCAUUUACUUAGGAGCAGGAGCACUCCAAUUUCCUCAACACAAUUAGCAAUGCCAUAACACAAGUCCCUUUUGGCUUCGUCGUUCGCAAUCGAUGCUGCUGAUCCCAUCCGUCAUCGUCAUCAUCAUCGUGCACUGCACAGAACUCAAUUCAAACAUAACCUCUGCCUACCCAAAGAGGUUAACCGACAUUCCCCUAGGAUGUUCCAAGGGCCAGGUUCAUGUCAUUUAGUCAAAACGGCCUCGCCUUCAUAUUUUAUGCCUUUUUCUUUCAGUCGGUUCGGUUGCUUACCUGUGUCUCUGUCUCCUCUUCCUCUUCGCAUCUCCCUUCUUCUCAUCCACUUAAAACCCCACAAAUAUUUCUUCCUAUUUCUUUCCUUUUUUCAUUCUACUUUUAUACUUUGCAAAGCUGAUUCAGCUCUCUGCUUCUGUUGAGUUGGCGGCUACUCUUUUUCCUCCUUAUAUACCCUCUUCUUUGACAAUUUUAAUAAAACCCCAAGGUCUAUUUCAGACAUAUAUACUGCUCCUAAGAUUACAUCAUUUUCUUCUUUUCUCAAUUCUCCACGAUUUCUCUCUCUCUCUUCCAAGGUUCCAGAAGGAACGACAGAGUCUUAAUUCAUCUUGAUUUUACCAAAUAGCUGCCAUCAGUGAAUUAUUAUUGGAUUAAUUAGGGCGAGAUAGAUUCAUCGCCGAUCAGUUUCUUGCGGUACAUGUGCUUGAUUAAUAAGGUGGCGAAUCGACAGGGCAGCGGCGACUUCGCCAGAAUCCGGCCGACGUCUAACACUUCCUCCACCGCCUCCGCAACAGCCGCCGCUACCGCUAAUGUUCAGACCAAUCCUUACUUCCACGCGCAGCAGCAGCAGCAGCCGGAUUACCUUCUGUCGGCGGUGGUGUCGCCGCCGCCUGCCCCAUCGGGGCACGGCGAAUUCGGUGAGAUGUCGGCGAUGGUGACGGCGCUCACCCACGUGGUCUCGGGGCAGCGGCAGGCGCCGUCGUUCGGUGGCUCCGGCAGCUUUAACCCCUCCACCGUUGAUUCGCCUACCUCCGCUUACUCCUCGUCCAGCUCCGGCUCCUGGGCGGGCCAGAAGCGCCGCCGCCACCAAGAUGACUCUUCCGACAGGGUUUAUCGCGGCCUUGGCGAAUCGUCUUCAUCUGUUAAAGCUGAACCGGAGUGCGAAAUGAGCACCGCAGCGCCAACCACCACCGCCGCCGCUGCCGAACCUCCGCGACAACCAGAAUCCUCCGCCGCUCCGCCGGAAGAGGCCGGAGAAAGAAGGAGAAAAUACAGAGGCGUGCGGCAGCGGCCGUGGGGAAAAUGGGCGGCUGAGAUAAGGGACCCACACAAAGCCGCCCGAGUUUGGCUCGGCACCUUCGAAACCGCCGAGGCUGCCGCCCGAGCCUACGACGAGGCUGCGCUCCGCUUCCGAGGCAACCGCGCGAAGCUCAACUUCCCCGAACACGUGAGGGUGCUGCCGCCACCCCAGCCCUCGCAAUCCACACAAAUAGCCGCCGCGGUGCGCCCCGCCGCGGCUCCGCCGCCGUUUUUCCAGACCGACGGCAGGGAUUACUGGGAGUACUCACAGCUGCUGCAGAGCAGCGGCGAUCUGCAGGCGCCGCAGCAAUCGACGGCGAGUUUGUUCGAUCAAAUGUUCUACGCUUCGUCAUUGGCGGGAUUGUAUACGUCAUCGUCUUCUUCAUCUCUCCAAUCUCAGCAUUCCUCAUUUUUCUCUUCGCAAACUUCCCAAUAUCCUAUGCUGUUUUCGAGCGGUCAAACCAUACAUUUCACGCCGCAGGAAGAUAAUCAGCAGACUCGCGGCGGCGGGCGCGGUGCCGGGGAUGCCAGCGGCGCGAGUCUGCCGGCGCCACCGUGGACUUCCAGCCAUUAUCCUUCUUCCUCUAGUUCUUGAUAUUUUAUUUUUUUUUUGAAAAAAAAAAACUUCAUAUACACACACAGACACAGCAAUCAGCAUGUAUUCAUUUUUGCUGUUUUAUUAUUUUUAUUUAUUUUUUGUAGGCUUCUAAAAUUUUGUGGAACAUUGGAUUUAGAUUAGGCACUUCGGUUGGAAUAAUUAUACUUUUAUUAUUACUA